GCAUCGACAACGACCCGGAUCAAAAAUGAUUGGUUUAUGGACUUUUCCGCAUUGAUAUCUCUUCGCUACUUGUAACUAACUAGUACGAAGGAAAAAAACAGAACACACAUUUCAUCUGUUUCACUCCACUUGUCUUUUCUCUAUCAUUCUCGGAAGUUUUUGGUCUUGUUUUUGUGCUGAAAUUUGGUUUCACCUGUAUUUUCCCCCCCCUUUUUUCUGGGUUAAUUUGAAGGUCUACGGAAGAAGACAAGUGUUUUAUAUUCUUAUCUGGCUUUGGGUUUUGUUUUGCGCACUUGGAAAAGAUGAUGCUGCAUUAUCUUCAGCCCGCGAAGCUCCAAACCAAGAAGCUUGUUUUUGAGGAUGUUUUUUCUGCACGUGAUUGUUCCACACUUGAACAUCUGAAAGAGUUGAGCUCCAGGCGUAGAUUAAUUGAGGAGUCCAUUAAUCAGAGCAGCUCCAUUACUGAGGCUAUUGCAAGAGAAAUGUCUGGAGGCUUGACUUCUCAAUGUCUAAGGGACCUUAAGAAACUGGAACAAUACCUGCCAUGGUUGGAAACGUUGAUUUUUAAUGUCGAUUUGGUCUGCAGCAACCACCAUGUUGUUCAUUGGAUUUCGGAACUGAAGAUCCGUUGGAGCAGCACUCUUAGCUCAUCAUCUUUUUUUAACCUUAGGGGUCCAAAGCUUUUUCAAAUUGAUAAUCUACAUUAUGAGCUUGGUAUGACCCUUUACCUUUAUGCUGCAUUGCUUCGGGAGAGGGCUGUAGAAAUUCUUCCAACAGAUUUGGUGCAAUCUGCCACUCUUUUCAGAGAAGCGGCUGGUAUUUUUCAGCAUCUUGCUCAUGAUGUUUUCCCCUCUUUACAAUCUACACAGUCUGUAGAAAGGCCACCAGAAGCCACUCCAUCCAUGUCUACUGUUAUGAGCCUAAUUUGCUUGGCUGAGGCCCAGGCUGCAACCAUAAGGAGGGCUGAAGAGAAAGGAACUACUGUUAGUCUUUUGACAAAGCUGCACUACGGUAUUACAGAGUUACUUGGUGAAGCCACUGCUAUUCUAUAUUCAAAUACUGGAGAGUGCAAAGAUAUUUCAUCGCACUUCUUGGAAUUUCUAUCAACUUGCAAAGCUCUACAUGAGUUAAGAAGUUUGAAAUACCUUGCAGAAGAGCUAAAGAUAGCUGACCAAGUUGGGGUUGCUGUUGGAGUUCUUCGUGAUGCAUUAAACAAUGUGAAAAAGAAAGUUCCAGGAGAAGAAUCAUGGAGAUCCAUAUUUAGAAAAGAAAUUGAUGAUGCUGCUGAUAUGCUACGCAAACUCGAACGUGAGAAUGAUUUUGUCUGGCAGGAGAAGAUCCCCUGUGGCGAUGAGUUGCCACUGCCACAAGGUAAGAAGAUUGUCGAUGCUAAACCUUAUAACCCCAAAAGAUUGGAGAAAGAACUUAUUUUCAAGAUAUAGAUGUACAUACCUUUUGUACAGUAAACCCUAUAUUGGUUUUAAGGGAGGAACAGUCACUAGCUUCUUGAGCUUCUUCUCCUUCCUAAAGUGCCAGAAGGAGAGAUGCAUUGUUUUUUAAACCACUACCAGCAAAUUCUUUUUCUUCUUUAUUUUUGUAAUUAAACAGGCCAUCUAAACAAGAGAUUACGGUUUGUUAAAUACCGAAAGGGCCAAGGUUUUGCCGAGUUUUUGAACUGUAUUUUGGAAGGCUUUUGUAAUAUUUGGUAGAUUAUACUACUAUUGUAGUAGUGAGUAGUGGCAUAAAAACAGAAUAGCCAUGACAGUAAAAUUUCUGUCAUAAAUGUUCAUUUAAAAUCUGCCAUAUUUUUCAGUUCCUAAUAGCACAUCUCAGCUGGACCUCUCUGUUGCUUUUCAUCUUCAAUAUUGAUUUAAGCAGCAAGUCUCUUAUUGUAAUAGAAUUAAGAGUGGUGAAGUUGCAUCAUGGCAGCAAAGCAGAGGCCCCUGAGUUAAGGCUUAAA